GAGAAAAUAUCAAAAUAGUAGCGUGAAAGCUUACAGUCUCGAUAUAAGAUCGUUACGUGAACUUUUAUGUCAAGAUGUUAAACAUUGUAUCUAAACUCUAGUAUUUAUUUCUUUCGUUUCUUCGAUUUCAGAUAACAGAAGAGUUCCCGAUAUUCACUGUGCUUUUCCACUGUCAACACUGCAGUGAUCGGUUUGAAUCGAACUAAACGAACUCGAACUCCCACCGCGUCCCCAGAGCACUGCAAGGAUGGGUUUGUUAAGCGAAGGAAGUCCUUUAACGUGGGAUGAAACCAAGGCGCUGGCGCAACACGUUCGCGAGCACGGUAUCGAGCAGUUUAUCAAUCUGUUCGCGCGUCUUAAAGACCGCCAAGGAGACGUGCUGAAAUGGGGUGACGAGGUGGAGUACAUAAUCGUCCGCUUCGAUGAUAAGCAGCGUGCGGUGCAGGUGUCGUUGCGCGCGCAAGAAAUUCUGGCUAAACUGAACGAAAAGGAAGCGGCCGAUCCGCAAGGUGUGAAAUCGUUGUGGCGUCCGGAGUAUGGGGCGUACAUGAUCGAGGGUACGCCCGGCAAACCGUACGGAGGUUUACUGGCUCAUUUUAACGUGGUCGAAGCGAACAUGCGCUACCGCCGUAUGGAGGUAGCUUCCCUGCUGCCGGAAAACGAAGUCGUAAUGUCGAUAACAAGUUUUCCCCGGUUGGGGUCUCCGGCAUUCACGUUCCCAUUCGCUGUGCCCACUCCGGACGAUGAAUCCUGUGCCGCGCGAUCGAACUUUUUCCCGGACGAAGCCAUCUUUCCGGGCCAUCCACGUUUUAAAACGCUCACUCGCAAUAUACGCCAACGACGCGGCGAGAAGGUGUCCAUCAAUUUGCCGAUCUAUCCCGAUCGCGACACGAAAGUGCCGGUCGAGGGAAGCAUACCGUCCCAUCCCAACUUCGUGCAUAUGGACGCGAUGGGUUUCGGUAUGGGUUGUUGCUGUCUGCAGCUUACGUUCCAGGCGUGUAACAUCAGCGAAGCCCGCACGCUGUACGAUCAGCUGACACCGAUGUGUCCUAUAAUGCUAGCGCUUACGGCGGCUAGUCCGGCCUAUCGAGGGUUCUUGACCGAUGUGGAUUGUCGAUGGAACGUGAUUUCGGCCUCGGUCGACUGUCGCACGCGUGAGGAACGUGGCGAGCUGCCGCUAAAGAACGAUCGGUUCCGCAUUUAUAAAUCGCGCUACGAUUCAAUCGAUUCUUACCUAUCACCGGCUGGUGAAAAAUACAACGACGUGCCUUUGGUGCUGGAUGAAACGCUCUACAAACGGCUUCGCGAGGGCGAUAUCGAUCAUCUGCUGGCGCAACACAUCGCCCAUCUAUUCAUACGCGAUUCGGUGUCGCUGUUCAGCGAAAAAGUGCACCAGAACGAUCGCGAGGACACGGAUCACUUCGAAAACAUUCAGUCGACCAACUGGCAAACGAUGCGAUUCAAACCACCGCCACCCAAUUCAUCGAUCGGCUGGCGUGUCGAAUUCCGGCCCUGUGAGGCGCAGCUGACCGAUUUUGAGAAUGCCGCGAUCGUGUGCUUCGUUGUGUUGCUGACGCGCGUCAUCCUUUCGUAUCAGCUCGAUUUCCUGAUCCCCAUCAGUAAGGUGGAUGAAAAUAUGCAAAACUCACAAAAGCGUGGCGCAGUUCUGACCGAGCGGUUUUGGUUCAAGAAAAACAUUACCGCCAUUCCGCGGGCGGGACAAGGUAGCGUUGCGGCGGGUGAGCCACUCCCCGCGGGACAGGCACCGCAACAAAAUGGUACGACCGAUGAACCGGCAAAACCCGAUUCGGCUACGGAUGAGUACGAACUAAUGACGAUUGAUCAGAUUAUUAAUGGAAAGGGAACAUUCCCGGGAUUGGUGCCGCUCAUCAAUAGUUAUCUCGGUUCGAUGGAUGUGGAUGCCGAUACGCACUGUACGAUUCAGCAGUAUCUAAAGCUGAUACAGAAACGGGCAUCCGGUGAACUGAUGACGACUGCAAGCUGGAUCCGGCAGCAAGUAGUGUCGCAUCCCGAAUACAAAAAUGAUUCCGUCAUUAGCGAGGGCAAUUGUUACGAUUUGCUGCGAAAGGCGAAGGACAUCCAAGACGGUGUGCUGGCAUGCCCGGAACUGCUUGGCAACAACAUCAACUCCAAAACGACGGACAACAUUCCGGCUGCCAUCAAGAAGCAUCUUACCAAGCAAUGUUAGUAGUAGCGUACCAAUUUCUGCCGUGAUUCGUUCGGCUAUUUUACUUACAAUACCCCUUACUUAAAAAUCACCUAAAGAUCAACAUGAUGAUGAGCGGUGAGAUUUCGUGCUAGAUUGCGUAGGAAUGGAUAUUGGUGAUGUCUGGCAUCAAACGAAAUGCGGGUACUGCAAUGUUCAAUGUUAAGAAAGUGCGAUGCAAAGGCCUGCCAAUAGAGGGCAGGCAAAGAAUGGUAUUCUUCACAUCCCAUGUAAAUGCAUUUCUUGCCGAAACGGUGGAAAAGUCCUACAAAAGGCAAGCAACGCCCAUUUCGUCGACCCAUCGCGGUUCGUUAUGCUUUUGGGGAAGCGACGCAGUGGGCGUCUACUUCAUUGUUGUACGAUUAUCUUAUUGACUUUUAAUGGAUUGUUUCAAAUGUGCUUAUAUUCGUCACGCGUCGCGUUCGCUUUCGAGCAACAAAACGAAUUCCUUAAAGGAAGUUGUUGUAGUAGAUAGUAUGUGACACACAAGCAGUAGCAGCAGCGCGUAAGUUUUGCGAUAGGUUAUGGUUUGUUAGUUAAGUUUACGUUGCAAUGUUGUUUUAUUGAAUUUUAUUGACAGAGAGACAGCGAGAUAGAGACAGAGAUAGAUAACACAGUUCGCAUAAUUAACUAGCUGUACCAAUCUUUCGACUAUUUGUUUCCGGAUCCUACGAAUGUGAAUGAGAUAAUGUUUUCCUAUUGUUUUGUUUUAAAAAUCCAAAGACUCGACACAAUUUUUCAUGUAUUCUUCAUCAUUUCACAGCAGAUACCGAAGGGUGCGAAAAGGGUAAAACCAAUAAGCAAACUAGACACUCAGUUAUAGACAAAGCGACCUGAAAAAGAACGUGUAUGUUGAAGAUGCGAAUGGAAGUAGAAGGUUAGUAACGACAAGGAAGAAUUCACGUUUAAGCAAGCGCGCACACAAAAAUGUACAUCGAUCCCCUUCAUCCGAAAAACAUCCGGUAUUCCCGGCCGUGCCUGCGUGUAACGAAGGGAAAGGAUGCGGUGUGGUUGACUGAAAUUUUCCAGGACAACACAGCAAAAGCAUGAAGAACAAAUUGUUAUACAGAAAUAUAUAUAUAUAGAUUUAUA